AUGGAGAAAAUCCCAAAACCAGCGGUGAUAGAGAUCAAGCAGAAGCAAAAGAGAUCAAGACUGUCAAAGAAUCUAAGUCUGGAGGAGGAGAAGGAGAGGAAAAGAGACAUUGAUGAGCAGUAUGAAACACGCCUUCUUGAUCAGUUUUUCUACAUUUCCAGCAGAUGCAGAAGAUCCCAAAUCCAGCGACGAUCAACAGAGAUCCAGCAGAAGCAACAGAGAUCAACACUGUCAGAGAAACUGAGUCUGGAGGACGAGGAGGAAGGUUACAAAGAAACAGUCAUUGAUUGUGUAAGAUCAGGCUCACAUGUGUCCAGCUCUGUGUCUGUGAAGAGUGACCGGUCAAAACAUAAUCCACCGAUAUUCAGUGAAGAAACACCAUCAGCUACUGAAAGUGUAAGAUCAGGCUCACAUGUGUCCAGUUCUGUGUCUGUGAAGAGUGACUGCUCAAAACGUGAACCACUGACAUUCAGUGAGGAAACCCCAUCAGAUACUGAAAGGCUGCAUUAUGAGACAUUAGAUACAGACUUCCAGAUUAACAGGGACAGCAAGAAUUUCACAGACAAACUACUACGAAUCUUCCAGGAUGUUGAGAGGAAGAUAAUUACAUUUCUAAAAAAUGAACUGGACAUGUUUAAGAAAAUAUUACAAAAAGAGGACAUGCAGUACUUCGUGAAGGACUUUAAUGAGAACAGAUGCAGUAUGAAAGAAGCAGCUCUUGAUCUCACGCUCUACUUCCUGAGAGAGAUGAAGCAAGAUGAAGCUGCUGAUACUCUAGAGGAUGAGCUGAUCUUCAUUCAUCAGCUAAAGUGUAGCCUAAAGAAGAAGUAUCAAUGUGUGUUUGAAGGAAUUGCAAAGCAAGGAGACUAAACUCUGAAGAACAUCUACACAGAUCUCUAUAUCACUCACGGUUGUAGUGAACAGGUCAAUACUGAACAUGAGGUGAGGCAGACUGAAGUUGCUUCCAGACGUCAUGAAUCACAUGAGUUACAGGUUGAGAGCAAACAUUUGUUUGAAGCACCUGAACAAGACAAGCAGAUUAGAACUGUACUGACAAAAGGAGUUGCUGGCAUUGGGAAAUCAGUCUCUGUGCAGAAGUUUGUUCUGGAUUGGGCCGAAGGAAAAGAAAAUCAAGAUAUCAGCUUCAUAUUUCCUCUUCCAUUUAGAGAGAUGAACUUAAAGGAGCAAGAAAAACUAAGUUUGAUGGAACGUAUAACUCAGUUUUUCCCAGAGGCAGAAGGACUGAACCUCAGAAGAAGAAAUGUACAAAUAACAGGAAAACAAAAGUGA